GGCGGGGCUGAGGUGGCGGCGGCUGAGACGACAGCGGUGGCAGCGCGACGGCGGCUCUGGAGGCCGCAGUCCCGGUCCUGGCUUCGGCCCCAGCCCCACCAUGGUGACGCUCGCUGAGCUUCUGGUGCUCCUGGCCGCCCUCCUGGCCACGGCCUCGGGCUACUUCGUCAGCAUCGACGCGCAUGCCGAGGAGUGCUUCUUCGAGCGGGUCACCUCGGGCACCAAGAUGGGCCUCAUCUUCGAGGUGGCCGAGGGCGGCUUCCUGGACAUCGACGUGGAGAUUACAGGGCCGGAUAAUAAAGGAAUUUAUAAAGGAGACCGGGAGUCCAGUGGGAAAUACACAUUUGCUGCUCACAUGGAUGGAACAUAUAAGUUUUGUUUUAGCAACAGGAUGUCCACCAUGACUCCAAAGAUAGUGAUGUUCACCAUUGAUAUUGGGGAGGCCCCCAAAGGACAAGACAUGGAAACAGAAGGUGGUGGAGAUACCUGGGAUGCUCACCAGAACAAGCUAGAAGAAAUGAUUAAUGAGCUCGCAGUGGCGAUGACAGCUGUAAAGCAUGAACAGGAAUACAUGGAGGUUCGGGAGAGAAUACACAGAGCAAUCAAUGACAACACAAACAGCAGAGUGGUCCUUUGGUCCUUCUUUGAAGCUCUUGUUCUAGUUGCCAUGACAUUGGGACAGAUCUACUACCUGAAGAGAUUUUUUGAAGUCCGGAGGGUUGUUUAAAAAGCCUUUUCCUGGUGAUCUGAAACUCAUAAUUCACUGUUUACCAAACAUCUUGGUCAUAAUAAUGUCAUUAGUUUCUACAUUUUUAUUUUCUAAACUGUACAUUCACAGCUUCUGUUUCUUUGUGAUUAAUAGAUAUUGGGGGAAAACACUUUUUUAGGAAAGUUAUAGUGAAAAUUUGACAUGUGAUUGGCAUGAUUUCAUAUUUCAAUUCUUUCUCCAUGUACAGGUCCUUCCAGAAUUCAAACACUGUAAGUGGAAUAUAGGUGUAUAGUCCUUAUUAUAUCUUCUUUCCUUUUGUUUUCAUAGUAGAAUGCAGUUUGUUCAGGAUAGUACUUUACUGAUAGUACUUUACUAAAAAUGACUGCAUUCUUGGGAUCCCUUAUCCUGCAGUUCAAGUCAUUAAAGGUUCAUUUUGUUGUUGAGUCCUUAUUAGAAACAACAAUCUGAAUCUUGACAUUUUCUAUCCAGCCUAAUGGCAGAGCUCUGUGACUAGAGUAUGCUACCAGGUUGGUACUUUUAUACUUUGUCUAUCUUGUUUUUGCUUUAAAGAUAAGACUUAAACCAACAACCUUUUUCCCCUUUAAAGUUUUACUUUGAACCUUAGAACUCAAUCACCUCCACUUAAAAUUGUUGACAAAAGCAGCUAAUAACCAUUUUUUGGUUUCUGCCUAACCUUGUAAGAAGUCUUUAUUAAAGCCAAUUCUCUGGUUGUUGCAGUGAAGGUGGUUCUUUUUCUUUCUAUGCUGGCACAUCCACUUUCUCUACUCUUGUCACGGAGGAGGUAUACAUUCACAUAAUUGGAAAAAUCUGGAUUUCUGAAGCCAAAGGGUUAAAAGCCUCUUGGAUUUCUUUGCAGUGAUAUACAGCCACUAUUUUAUUUUUGAUCAGUGGCAUUUUGGCCACUGUUUAAUUAAUGUACUGAGCAUUACUGUCAGUACUAGGGUGUUUGUUUAUGUUUUUCUUGGGUCUUUCUUUUUUUGGCACAUGUGAAUUUUGUUUUGUAUAAAACGAAAUGACUUUCUCUUGGCCUCUGAUGAUGUGUUUAAAAUUAAAGGAGCAUCUGGUUUUGGUGUGGGGAUGAUCCAGGAUUAUGUUGUGACUGAUGUAUAUUGGUUACUUGUACAUUUGCUUUGGAUCUUUGCAAGGGGAAAACUACAAGUAACGAGUUUUAUAUAAUUAAUUUAAAUUUGUUACAGGUUUUCAUGUUCAGAAUAAACAAUUUUUCAACCUUGGGUGAAAAUACUUGCAACAGUUUAAGGUGACUGUGUUUUACCUUAGGACAACUGUUGCAUGCCAAUUUGUGUGCGUGUGUGUGAAAACACUUCAAAAUGAGCUAAAAGAUGUAAAUUUAAAAUUGGUUGUGUAUCUAAUCUGCCCCAGGUCCAGUAAAUAAACAAUUCUUUUUAAAAACA